GGGUGUGUCUCCUAUACCUUUUUAGGUCAGGAGACAGGAUCUGGGAAAGAAGGGAAAAAAAUUACAAUAUUUAUAACCCGUAUUGUAACACUAGCACCAUUUAAAAUGUUAGUUUAAAUUUAUAAUACUGAGCAAUACUUGGUUUGUUAAAUUGUUGUAAAUGUAUGUAGAUCACAGGUAAUUUCUCGCUAACGACUUUGUGUUAGAUGAAUCCAAAUAGUUCAUGUCCGGUGACGUGCCAGCUCCUCGGUUCUACGCAAGGCUUAUUACGACCGGGCUGUGGUCAGUGUUGCCAGUUCCAGCAAAAAUCUCCAGCCUAAGCUCUGCUUAAAAUCCGCCCAACGGAAACUGAAAAUAGGCCAAUAUUUGAAAUCGCAGUAUACUGUAUCUCAAAUAAACCAGUACUUUGCAUGAUGAUAACAUUCAAAUGCUUAACGUUUUAAAGACCUCAGUUAUACACAAUGAUGUCACGUAGACGUUGAGUUGCCAACUUUGGGCAGCUGGAUGGAGUGAGAUUUUCGCGACGAGUCUGCACACGCAUCUACAUGUAUGUAAGAGUUUCAUUACCUUGUAAAUAGUCUGUAAAGUUUGCAAAGUACCCCAACGCUUCUGAUGUGCCAAAUUGUAGGUCUAUAAGGGAAUAAUAUAGAUAGUACCUGCGUGAGAGUCUGAAAGCGUCAGUGUCACGCCAGAUAUGGAUUUAGCAGCCCUGCUUUCCGUGUGCGUCUGUCUGACUUUGGGUGGCUAGUGAGUCAGUAUUGCUCAGCAUUAGGAGUCACUUGUAGUCAUAACUUAUUUUCCCCCUUACAGACCGCUGCGGCAGAACAUUAUAAAAGCAGCCCAAAGACUCGCAACCCGCGACCUCCUAACAUUUACCCGCCACUGUAUUUUCUAAGUAGCCCGAUUUGGCGGGAAAAAACGCGGACCUGGCAACUCUGCUUGUGGUAUACUGGUCACGUGACGGCGGGCGCGAGCAACUCUGUGCGUGAACGUGGCCGCGAGGGAACGUCGGGGGCUCUGGCUGAGAGCUUAUCGUGACGCAUGAGCGUUACGGGAAAGGCGACUGCUUCGGGUGCAUGGGAUCGUGGUACACGGGCUGAUCGGUAUCCCUGCACCUCACACCUGCAAUCCUCGCUUGCCAUCCUGGGUAAUUCCUUGCAUCCGGAGCGCACCCGGGGACCCGAGCUCUCCGUGCUGUCAGACAGCGACCCGUGCGAGGAUGACGGGGGCGAGGGCGUCCCGCUGGAUCUUUCGGGCGGUUCGGGGAAGCGCCGUCGCCGCGGGAAUCUCCCAAAGGAAGCAGUGCAGGUCCUGCGGAGCUGGCUGUACGAGCACCGCUUCAACGCCUAUCCAUCCGAACAGGAAAAGCUCAGCCUCUCGGGGCAGACCAGCCUCUCUGUGUUACAGAUCUGUAACUGGUUCAUCAAUGCCCGACGGAGACUUCUCCCAGACCUGCUGAGGAAAGACGGCAAAGACCCCAAUCACUUCACCAUUUCCCGGCGUGCGGCCAAACCACCGGCCGACACGGACGGCGCACUCCCCCCCCUCCCCACCCCCCGCGCCUCUGUUAUACGCUCCACGCCGUUGCUGGACCUUAACCUGUUGGGCAGCACUGCGACUGCCAUCCUGACAAGUGCCAGCUUCUCCUUGACUCCCUCCCUGGGCUUUCCGUGCAGGAACAUCCCCCCUACCCUGUUGCGGGCAGGAGAUGGGGGCGUGGCCAAAGGGGCGGGGCGGGCUGGUGGAUAUGGCACGUCAAGCCCGACGCUCAACACGCCGCCCCCCACACCCCCAGAGUCAUGUAGCCAGGACUUCAGUGACUUGAGGCUGCUGGUGGAUGCGGCUCUACAGCGGGCAGCGGAGCAGGAGCUCCAGCGGGGCAGUUCGGGACAGGGAGACGCGGACUCUGAGGAGGCGCUGAGCAUGGACAAGGGCACACCCGGAGCACCCAUCUCCGCGGACGUGGAUGAUCAGAAGCUCCCGGGGUGGGAUUCUCCCAUGACUGGUACCACGCAUGGUUUGCCGACGGAGGAGAUGGACAGCCCCUCCCCUGACGGGAGUGUGUGGGGGGUGCUGUGCGGAGAGGGCAGGCUGACCACAUGGGGCCCUCGGACCGCCCUCUGCACCGUGCGGGAGGUGGUUAACUGAUGAGGCCGCGAAACACACGGGGGAAGUAGUGUUGGGUCAAGGCAGUUCUCAUGUUUGAGGCCCCCGCUUCACUCACGACGCGGGGGGGGGGCAGGCCGAGUUUGCUCAUUUCGCCAAAGUGGUAUGACAAGUGUAGCAUGAUUUUUAUAGGUGCUUUGAUUUUUUUAAUGAGUUGGAAUUUUCUUUUGGUUUUCGUUUUUUUUUUGUAAAAUAUGGAGGUUUGAUGGGAAGGGACCAUGUCAAGCACAUUUCAUUGGUAUUAUCUAUUUAAUACCUUGAGAUCCUGACCGCAUUUAGAAGAUGGAUGUCUUAUUAUUUUACAAUGGGAAGCUUAUAAAUGCACAGAGCUAGAUGGGUUCAGACUGUUUCAUUGCCUUUCAGUGCUGCCAGUAGUAGAUGAAUGGAUUGUGACUUUCUAUAGGCAACCUAUGUACGCACUUUAAAAUGGAGCCUACUAAAUGUUCUAGUUUCAGUGAGACUCUGCUGUGAGCGGCUCAUUGGCCUGUCUGCUGGGAGACCAGGAAGGAGGGGUGCUGUGUCUGUGUUGUGGCUCCUCGGUCCCGCUGCCAGAUUCCUUCAGGAAUGCCAGGCAUUUGAAAGCGGACCAACUGGACUGAUCACUGUGUCAUUAGAGCAUUUCCAAAGUCCUCAGAUGGGGUUAAGAUGGUCUAAACUAUCCGUGGACUGUUCACAUUUCAAAAGCGGGGACUCUUUGCUUUAUUUGAUCCUGAGGGAGGAGUUUGGACUGUCAAACUUUUUUAUUUUUUCUAAAUUUGUUUUAGAAGGUUGUAAUUUUGCAGCCUCUUUUCCCCUCAACAACUCUACAGUUUCCAUGAAACAAAACGUUUUCCUGGGUGGAACGACCCCAAAAAUUGCUGCUCAUUUGUUACAUGCCCAGAAUUUGUUACUCUAGGUUCAUUCAGUACAAUUAAACAGUUAUGUAAAGCAGUAUUUCAGCUUUAAAUUGCGCGUUAAACUAAUGUAUUGUAACAAUCUAAUUCUACCUGUUUUUGAAACUGCAGUUUAUCAGCUCAGUCGUGUGACUAGGAUCGGUCAGAAAGUUUUGCCUAGAAUGUGAUGUUCAAAGUAAGUUGGACGGCAGCCUAUCACACUAUCUUAUCCUGACACUGAAAAUGUAUACUGCUAAUACUGUAGGGGCAUUUUCAGAUUAUCUGAAUGUGAGACUAUAGAUGCAAAUGUGAAGUAUUGCAUUGUUGUUGUUUCCUCUUAAACGCCGUUGCAGCACAAUGGGAAUAUAGGUCGUCUUUGCGCUCUGAUGUGUUUAAGCAUCUCAUCUCGCGUUCGGCAGAUCGUGCCUUUCUGGAAUAAUUGGGUGGGGUGCCACUUCAUGGGCCGCAGUAUUCAGGAAACAAACCUCUUCAAGCUAUCAAUCUGUAGUCUUAAACUUUGAAACUUUUUUGUAUGUGCAUUUUGGAGAAUAAAAGGCUAAUUUCCUA